AGUGGAUCAGCAUGACGCCGCUGCUCGCGCGGACUCUCACGUGGACUGCAGUGUGCACGCGCAGGCUGCUCACACGCACGCGCUGUAGCGGAGCCGCGCAGAAGCACGUGACGGAUCUGGGAGCAGCACGAGGUUCUGGUUCUGGUGGUUUUAGUUCUGGUCCCAGCAGAUCCAGCAUGAGUUUCGGGGGUCUGGACCAGAGGAUGGUCUGGGUGGACCUGGAGAUGACGGGUCUGGACAUCGACAAGGACCAGAUCAUAGAGAUGGCCUGUAUCAUCACGGACCCGGACCUGAACCUGGUGGCCGAGGGACCAAACCUGAUCAUCAACCAGCCGGACGAGCUGCUGGACGGCAUGUCGGAGUGGUGCAGAGAGCAUCAUGGGAAGUCAGGACUAACCCAGGCCGUCCGCAGCAGCACCAUCACUCUCCAACAGGCCGAGUACGAGUUCCUGUCCUUCGUCCGGCAGCACACGCCGCCCGGACAGUGUCCCCUAGCAGGAAACUCGGUUCACGCUGACAAGAGGUUCCUGGACAAGUUCAUGCCCCAGUUCAUGUUCCACCUGCACUACCGGAUCGUGGACGUCAGCACCAUCAAGGAGCUCAGCAGGCGGUGGUUUCCUGACGAGUACAAGCGUGUCCCUCACAAGAAGAACACACACAGGGCUCUGGACGACAUCCAGGAGAGCAUCAAGGAGCUGCAGUUCUACAGGACCAACGUCUUCAAGACUCCAAAGAUCCUGCAGAACGGGGGCGGAGCCAGGACCCGUGAUGUCACCGGUCCCUCCUGAAGGGGGCGGAGCCAGGACCAGUGAUGUCACCGGUCUCUCCUGAAGGGGGCGGAGCCAGGACCCGUGAUGUCACCGGUCCCUCCUGAAGGGGGCGGAGCCAGGACCCGUGAUGUCACCGGUCCCUCCUGAAGGGGGCGGAGCCAGGAGCUAGUUCCAGGAAGUGAUGUCACCGGUCCUGAGACUCUGAUCCAAGAUGGCCGCCAGGUUUUAGGUUGAGUUUCAGCUUCAGCUUUGAGUUUGUAGAAGGUUCAGGACGAGAUCCGGAUCCUCGGAACCAAAGAUUUAUUUCUGAAGAAAUUAAGAAACCUAAAAGUGACCUUUUGAUGGUUCGUGUAUAUUUAAAUUUUUCUUUUUUAACUUUACAGAUGAAGUUUAGUGUUUAGACUCUUUUAUUUGUUUCCUUAACUACAUGAAUCUGAAAUAAAAGCUUC